AUGGAACAAAAGAUUAAGUUAAUUUUUUUUAUCAAAAUAUCUAUGCUUAUUCUUUUAGAUUUAAUAGAACAUCUUUACAGCGAUUUGAGCAGGUUUAACAAUUCAUUGUAUGAAAAAAAUAGUCUUGGUAGAAAAUUAGAUACAAGCAUUUAUCGAUUAUUGGGAAACUGUGAAAAUAAUAUUUAUUCAAAUAUUUCAGAUUUAAAAGUGAAGGUACCAUGUAAUAUAAAACAAAAGAACAAAAAGUUAUGUAUAAUUAAUAAAAAAGGGGAUAAAGAGAAAAAUGAAGAAUUAUAUAGAAGUUCAUUAAAUAAGCAGGAAUUGAUUAAGCGACUUAUGAAAAAUAAAUGUACUAUGUUACAUGGGACAUAUACUCAUUAUGAAAAAAAAAUUAUGAAUGGACUUAAUGAUGAGGCAUUUUUUAAAAAAAUGAUGUUAAUUAAUCAUAAGAUUUACAAAAAAUCAAAACGUAAAAGAUAUGUAAUACGAACUUGUUUACUUUUGUUAUUGUUCUUAUUGGUAUUAGUGAUACCUAUAUUAGAUUUAUCAUUAAGAAAUAUGACAAAGUCUAGUAAUUUCUUAAGUAUAAUAGGGGCGUUAAUCAUAAAAUUUCCAACAGAUAGUUAUGGUGAUGCUACGACGCCUGGUUCCGUAAGCGGGUGGAUCUCUACAUCGUUAAUUAUAGGUAAAGAACAUGCCAACAUAGCAUUAAAAGUAUCUGCUAUACUAACAUAUUUCGUACCUUUCAUUAUAUUAGUUACUAUGCUUAUAUUGAUUAUUUUAUAUUAUUAUAAAAAUGUUAUAAAAAAUAAAAAAUUUAAGUUCAUGGAAGCGUUCAAUGAAUAG